AUGUACACCGACAUAUUGGAGAAGUGUGUCAAGCUCUGGAAUCUGACGAGAUCUCCGAAGCAAUACGAGGUAAUCGUUGAACUUCUUGGGAAAGCCUUGAAGAGACCAGUGGUAACUCGCUGGAAUUCUUUUUAUGAUGCUUACGAGCAGAUUGUCCAACUGAAGGAUAAAGUUUUGUAUAUGGUAGACAAACUUAAUAUCAAGAAUUCAUUGGUGACCAGCGAUUUCAUUUUCCUCAAAGAGUAUGUGAAGUGCACAGCACCAAUUGCAAAAGCUCUGAAUCGACUGCAAGGAGAUGUCACUAUUGGGUAUGGGUGGCUGUUACCGACUCUCAUAUCAACCAAAAAUGAUUUGAUUGAUUUAGAAAAGGAAUACCUAAUUUACUGUAAACCAGUUAUUAAGGUUUUAUUAUCAAGUCUCGAUAAAAGGUUUUCUAACUACUUUACCGUCGUUGAUCAAGGGAAAGUAGCCGCUGUAGCCACUGCAACACAUCCAAAAUUUAAGUUAAAAUGGCUGCAUUGUUUGGAUGAAACCGCUCAAGCGAACGUCAUGGUUGCAAUUAAAGAAGCAAUUGCUGCUUCCACCAAGUCUUCAACGACAAAUAUAUUUCCAAUGGAAAUCGAUAAUGACGAUUUUAACUUUGGUUCGAGAGAGGCGGCUAUGAUGACAGCCCAACAAAAUUUGGAAACAGGAGCAGGUGAAACCGAAUUCAGGAGAUAUUGCCAGGAUCCUAAGUCUUCACUGGCUAUUCUCCUUGCUUAUCCUACGGUCAAGAAUAUUUUCAUAAAAUCGAAUACUCUCCUCCCAUCUUCGGCGUCAGUAGAACGAAUCACGGGCUCGGAGAGGGACGCUGUCGCCGGAUCCUCCCUGUGA